UCACCAGCCUUGCUAGAGACAGCAUAAGGUUGACGCUUGUUCUUGGCCAUGUUAGUGUGGACAAAGUUGACAAUGUCAGGACGAAUAGGAGCCUUGAAGACAGCGGGGAGGGGAACAGUAGUAGAGACACUCUUGCCGUUGUCGGCAUAGACGUUAAGAACAGGUCUGGCAGCGGACAUCUUGUAUAUUAGAUGAAGAUAAAAAGAAAGAGAUUCAAAGGAUAGAUGUUCCGUGGAGACCAAGACCCUAAGAACAAUGGGAAGGGCUCUCGAGCCGGAAGCACAUUGAAUGUCCGCAUUGCUUAUUUUAAAAUUGGAUUCGCUUGGCCUUUUCCCGUUUCCCUUUAUUCCCUUUCUCUCUUUAUCAUGUCUAUACCGAGGUCACCAGCCGAACUAGAAAAGCAAACAGCUAUUUCUGUUGACCCAAAUAUACCUAUUAGACUCUACUUUCGCUCUGCCGACUUGUUAUUGAAACAAGCCCGGGUUUAUAAACUAGAACACGACUUGGAACGUACUUAUAUCUUGUACAUGAAAUACACAAACUUAGGUAUCAAUGAACUACCUAAACAUCCGGCCUACCGAAAUCCAGAAAACAAAAAAAGUCUUAAAUUAUUAAACAAAAAUUGCUUGGAGGCAUUAGAAGCCUUAGAAACCAUGAAGCCAGCUCUGGAAGAAGCAUACAAUGUCUAUUUGGAAAAGGUACAAAAAGUGAAGCAGUCGGUUCCAAACAAAACCAGCCAAUGGCAACCACAAACACAAGAAAAGAGUCCAACCCAUGACCAAGUUGAAUGGAAUCUUCAAGAGGCUUUGAAAGGUGUUGCAGGUGUUGGUAUCAACGAAGGAACUCGACCAACGCAUUAUCAACAAUACCCAACAACUGAAUAUCCAAAUCAUUCAUUGUUUAAUCAAAGUGACAGGUUUACUUAUCAAAGUAACCAUAUCAAGCCAUCUGCACCACCAGAAUUACCUCCUAAACUUCAUCUUUUGCCUGCACUACCACCCAAACUACCUCUUCCACACCACAAGGCGCCAGAAUUACCACCCAAGAUCAAGUUAGAACAAGAACAGCGUACUAGAGGACCUACAACAGAUGCAUCUACUGAAAGAGGAGAACCACUUCGACAAAUGUUGUUGCCUAAGGGUAUUCAUUCUCGGUUCCUUUUGAUUGCAGAACCCAAUACGAGGAAUAAGAUUGAAACAUGUGGUAUUUUGGCUGGUACUUUGAAAAACAAUAUCUUAAGGAUCACUACUUUGAUUAUACCCAAACAGACAGGCACAGCAGAUACUUGUACAACAGAAAAUGAAGAGGAUUUGUUUGAUAUCCAAGACAAACAUGACUUAUUGACUUUUGGUUGGAUUCAUACACAUCCUACACAAUCUUGUUUUUUGAGUUCUCUGGAUCUACAUACACAUUGUUCGUAUCAACUUAUGCUGCCUGAAGCCAUUGCCAUUGUGUGUGCCCCUUCAUAUCAACCCAACUUUGGUAUAUUUCGAUUGACAGAUCCUCCUGGGUUAGAUAUCAUUAGCGAAUGUAAGCAGACACCUGCUUUUCACCCUCAUCCAGAUUUGCCCAUUUAUACGAGUGCACAAGAAGCAGGUGGUCAUAUUCAAAUAGCGGAUUAUGAUUUUAAAGUUUUGGAUUUACGAAAAUAAAACUUUUUUUUUCUUCUUUAGUGCAAAUGAUUAGAAACAAAAGAGGUGAAGCAAAUGAACUUAACCGCUUUCUAAGGCUGUGUUUCGUCUCUUGUUGAUGAUAUGUUAUUAUUCUAUACACUUGACAUGAUGCACUAUGGUUCUUUUUAUCAAUAAUAGUAAUAAAAAUAAAAUAGAAUAAAUAAAAAUACGCGACGUGUCUUUUUU